UGGGUCAAGGAGGAAAAAGUAUUCCUCUGAAGUCUUAGAUGUUCAUGCUUAAUAGGGAAAGCAAAUGCUGGGUACCAGAAAUCGAUCAAUGAUCGAGGGGGAGCCUUUGGAUGCUCAGAACAGCCCUUCAGGAAAAGCAGAAGCAAAGAGGGGAAGGGAGGGGGUAGGAAGGGAGGAGAAGUAACUUUGUCCUUAUUUGGUCAAAGGUUCUGCAGGCGUUGUUAGGAGCCCGGACGCCUGGGUCUCCGGGUAACCUGGAGUUUGGGUCCAGGUAGCUAUGCCCCAAGAUAAGGAAGCUGACCCCGGGGGCUCUCUAAUUAAGUUCAAAAAGUUUAUUAGGGCAGGAGACUAGUCUGUGUGUGAGUCUAGACAUCCCAGAGAACCUUUCUCCUUCUCCCCCUUAAACCCCCAAACCCCUAUAUCCGGUACCCUCCCGCCCGGAAAUCCCCUCCCCCCAUUCGAACUUCCGCUCCCCCUCCCCACUUCCGGGCAGUGUGGUCAGGGAAGGUGGUGGUAGGGACAGCAGCAACCUUAUUCCUUCACUUUUACCGUCUCAGAACUUCUCACAAAGUUCCCCUACGCCGGGCCCGGGCGGAUGGCGGGAAGGGAGGGCGAGGGGACUUCCGGAAUCGGCCUCCCAGGAAUGUUGAGGCUAACGUGCCGACUUGGGGGGUGUGUGUGUGUGUGGCGGCCUCGCCCUCUCUAACGGAGCUGGGAGGGGCAGGGUGGCUACCGAGGUCCGGCCCGGGCCCAAGGCCACGCGCCUGGCGCUCCCAUCAGCGUCAGGGGGAACAAUGGUGGAGGGAGAGCGAGCAUUCGGCCCGAAGGGGAGUCCAGGCUCCGGAGCCCCUUAUCAAUCAUAAUCCCGGGCUAAAACUGCAGCGCGUGCCCGCCCCGCCCUGGAGGAGGCGGAAGUGGGCCGCCGCACCGGCCGCCGCGCCCCUCCCCGCCCUGGGCCCCGGAUGUAACGCCCGGUCGCAGAAAGCGGGGCGGCGGGCGAGAUGGGCGCCGCCGCCGAGGGGCGUAGAGCCCGGGGAACCACAGAGGGAGCCAGUCUCACGCAGCCGCCAUUCGCCCCGCCGAUGGGAGAGGACCGGAUCACGGCCUCCCGCUGCCCUCGCUCGCCUGCGCCCGCCCCCACCCCAGUCCCCCAGAGGGUCUAAGGCCGGUCACUGCUCGGGACCGCACGAGCCUCGCAGUACCGUAAUGCUAACGAAGGUCUUCCCGGGGACGGCGGCCCAGACGGAGGGCGAGUCCUUGUAGCCUACGAUGGCCGCGUCCUGACAGGUCCCGUCCGCCAUAAGGCUGUCGAUGUAGGCGUUCCACCCGGCCAUGGCGCUGCUGCUGGGGCUGCUCUGCGGGCUGUUGCUGGGAUCGCGGGCUCGGGCUCGGGCUGGCGGGCGGGGGAAGGCAGAGAGCUCGGGGCACGCGCUGCCGUCCGGAACGCGGCUCUGUUAGCUGUGCAGCAGCCCUCGCACCGCCACUUCCUGCUCCUCCCCCCCCCCUCUAGAUUUUUAUUUGCAAAGGGCGGCGGGGCGGGGCCUGCGCCCCAUUCCCUCCCUCCAUCCUCCCCCCCCCCCCGCCGGGCCAGAUAGCGAACUUUUGCAAAUGCAAUUUUUAAAAAACCCUCCCCCCACUUUGCAAAAUUUGCCGAGUUCGAUGGAAAGCCACGCCAAAGGCUAUAUAGAGUGGUGGUGGCAGGAGAGGUUAAGGUUAGGGCUCGCUCCGAUUCAUCCUGAAUACCACUUGGCUAUAGAAGGAGGAAGCCAGAGGAAGCAGGGAAAGAAAAAGAAAAAAAAAAAAAAAAGAAAAUUAGUAAGGUUGAGCAAGUUGAAGUGGGUUCGGGGAACCCAGGGUUAAACCGAAUCAUUCCUCCACCCCCCAACCCCCACCUCCGCGGGAGGGAAGGAACGGCGGGCGGCGGCGCGUGCGCCCGCGCCUGCGCCGGGGCAGUGAGAAGCCAGCGCGUGGGGCGGUUGGGGCUAGCGGCUUGGCUGCGUGAGCGCGCGCCUGGCGGGACACAUUUGGACCAUCCGAGGAGGGAAGACGCGUCCCCAGCAGUCGGGACGGGCAGACGCCCCGGGUUGGGCCCUGCUGCCUUCUCCACAUUUAUCUAAACGAUAAGGGAGCAAAAGUGAAAUCGAUAUAAUACUCUAGUCAUUUUCAGUACUAAAGGUCUCUCCAACCAGGGCACCUGUCCCAACCGUCUGCCAUGUACAGCGCACACGUUGGGUUCAUUCGAGCGCGUCCCUAGAUUCCCGAGGAAUCAUUCCCUUCGCUGGAUCCGCUCCAGCUCAGCCUCGCCCCAUGCCUGAACCCUGUCUACAGAGGUCACUGAAUAGGGGCGCCACCCGGGUGACACGACGGGACUCAUUUUUCAAGGCGGAAGAAUACUAAAGUACCAAGGAUGACAACUUUUAUAAGAAGAGGAAAGUCCCCUCUACUUUGGACGCACUGGGGCUUUCUUCUUUUCCAGAAAAACUUUUGCUAAGUAUUUAUGUGCGGUCAGCUCACUCGCCGCCGAGCAGGUCUAGGGGCGAAUGGCAGGCCACUGAGGCUGGAGGGAGUAAAGGAGUCACCCGGGACCCUGGCCUCCGAGGGGCUCGGCCGCUUCCGGUCCCUCGGAGGAGGGGCGCCAGGGUGUGCAGCCUCUCCCAGUGGAAGUACUUGGUUCGCUGCCUUUUGGAGCCGGGUUGGGUUCCCUGACGUUCAUCCCCAAAUUCUGGCUCCCCACGCCCCCCAGCCGAGGUUCUUCGACAGCCGCGUGGCUGAGUCACGGGCGGGGCCGCGCUGGGGCACGUGGCGGCCUGCGCCCGCCAUCCCUUGACCUCUGAUCUGCGCGCCUCCUGCCCGGGGGUGGAAAAAUCCCGCAGGGAGCGGCAGGAGAUAAGAGAGGAGGGGCGGGACAGGGACGCCACGACAGGUGGGGACCCUAGGGUGGAGGCAAGGAGGGCGACCCCGUGGGGAGGGCCGACGGGGAGGAGCGCUCGAGAGCCGGCCGCCGCGUGAGUCACCAGCUCCAGCGCCGGCGAGUGAAAAGAUGAGGCGCCCUGGGAAACCAGCCGGCCCGCCAGGCUCCCACAAAACGCGGAGCAGACCCCACACUAGCCCUAGACCCCUAGACCUGCUAAGGCGGAGAGAGUUACCGAGUGCAGAGAUUCACUUCCUGCGGUGCUGCAAAUGGAUGGACAGAGUGGCCACAGGCGUCCAAGAGCUUACAAAGGGUCAUCCCCUUUUCACGUCCAUUCAUGGUUUUGUUUUGUUUUUUCCAUUCGUGAUAUAACACCAUUCUUUGAUAGGCAAGGAUUGAGCGCUGAAGCGCCCACAGUCGGUGGGGAAAAGGGCUCCUGACCACUUAGGCUUCACGCAGGAACAUAAAUGCUGUCCCAGCAGUAUCUUUCGGGCGCCAGGCCAGCGCUCAGUGCUGGUCUAUAUUCGUCUCCUGGCCUCUCAUCGCUCAUCACUGGCCAAGAGAGGAUAGGGUGGAGUGGUGCCGGAAUGGCUGUUCUGAGGACCCUGAGAGGUGAAAGCGCAGGCCUUCUUUGGUCGAGGGGUGUCGACUUUAGACCACAGAGCUUGCUCAGCAUCACUGAUGCCUUCCCCCAACUGUGUGGCCUGCACCGCCUGCCUCCGACCAUGGCCAUGCAAAAAAUCUUCGCCCGGGAAAUCCUGGACUCCAGGGGCAACCCCACGGUGGAGGUGGACCUGCACACAGCCAAGGGUCGAUUCCGAGCAGCUGUGCCCAGUGGAGCUUCCACGGGUAUCUAUGAAGCACUGGAACUCCGAGAUGGAGACAAAGCACGAUACCUGGGGAAAGGAGUGCUGAAGGCUGUGGAACACAUCAACAAGACUCUAGGUCCUGCUCUGCUGGAAAAGAAACUAAGUGUUGUGGAUCAAGAAAAAGUUGACAAGUUCAUGAUUGAGCUGGACGGGACCGAGAAUAAGUCCAAGUUUGGGGCCAACGCCAUCCUGGGUGUGUCCCUGGCUGUCUGCAAGGCUGGAGCAGCUGAGAAAGGGGUCCCUCUCUACCGACACAUCGCAGAUCUUGCAGGCAAUCCCGACCUCGUACUCCCUGUGCCUGCCUUUAAUGUGAUCAACGGCGGCUCUCAUGCUGGAAACAAGCUGGCCAUGCAGGAGUUCAUGAUUCUGCCAGUGGGAGCCAGCUCUUUCAAGGAAGCCAUGCGCAUCGGCGCUGAGGUCUACCACCACCUCAAGGGGGUCAUCAAGGCCAAGUAUGGGAAGGACGCCACCAACGUGGGGGAUGAGGGUGGCUUUGCACCCAACAUCCUGGAGAACAAUGAGGCCCUGGAGCUGCUAAAGACAGCCAUCCAGGCAGCCGGUUACCCGGACAAGGUGGUGAUCGGCAUGGAUGUAGCUGCGUCUGAAUUCUACCGCAACGGCAAGUAUGAUCUGGACUUCAAGUCACCCGAUGACCCUGCCAGGCACAUCAGUGGGGAGAAGCUUGGGGAGCUGUACAAGAACUUCAUCCAGAACUAUCCCGUGGUCUCCAUUGAGGACCCCUUUGACCAGGAUGACUGGGCCACAUGGACCUCAUUCCUCUCUGGGGUGGACAUCCAGAUUGUGGGAGAUGACCUCACGGUAACCAACCCCAAGAGGAUUGCUCAGGCUGUGGAGAAGAAGGCCUGCAAUUGCCUGCUCCUGAAGGUCAACCAGAUCGGCUCCGUGACGGAGUCCAUCCAGGCCUGUAAACUUGCACAAUCUAAUGGCUGGGGAGUGAUGGUGAGCCACCGCUCUGGGGAGACCGAAGACACUUUCAUCGCUGACCUUGUGGUGGGACUCUGCACAGGACAGAUCAAGACUGGUGCUCCCUGCCGUUCAGAGCGUCUGGCAAAAUACAACCAGCUUAUGAGGAUUGAGGAGGCUCUUGGGGACAAAGCUGUCUUUGCUGGAAGAAAGUUCCGUAAUCCAAAGGCCAAAUGAGGAGCUGGAGACUCCAGGCUUUCACAGGAAAGACACAGGCCUUCAAGCCCUUCUCCCAGAAAUAAACACUGCCAAACCAGA